ACAGAGAGAGAUAAAAUGUCUGGAAUCGUUUAUGCGAGCUCGUGGGGUGCAGCGUUGGUAAGGAUCUCGCCGUACACUUUCUCCGCUAUCGGAAUCGCCAUCUCGAUCGGCGUCUCAGUCCUCGGUGCCGCCUGGGGAAUUUACAUUACGGGAAGUAGUUUGAUCGGUGCGGCCAUUGAAGCUCCUCGUAUCACUUCGAAGAAUCUCAUCAGUGUAAUCUUUUGCGAAGCUGUAGCUAUAUAUGGGGUUAUAGUUGCAAUCAUACUGCAAACGAAGUUGGAGAGUGUCCCAUCUUCAAAGAUGUAUGACGCUGAGUCUCUUAGAGCUGGAUAUGCAAUCUUCGCAUCUGGAAUCAUAGUUGGAUUCGCCAACCUUGUAUGCGGGUCUGUAUCUUCAUUCUCUUCCUCCUUCCUUACAGUUUUGGUUUCUGGAUUUCCAUUGUCAUAUAUGCAACCGAGGUCGCAUUUCUCCUGCAGGUUAUGUGUAGGAAUCAUUGGAAGCAGUUGCGCAUUGUCUGAUGCUCAGAACUCCACACUCUUUGUGAAGAUUCUUGUGAUUGAGAUCUUUGGUAGUGCUCUCGGGUUGUUUGGAGUUAUCGUGGGUAUCAUUAUGUCCGCACAAGCGACAUGGCCGACCAAAUAG